AUGUCGUACCCACCAGAUACCCCGUCCUCUUCCCCGUUCCGCUCGCCUUCGUCGCAAACCUCACCGCCAUCGCAGCGCUCUACACCCAACCGCUCGUCCUCAUAUUUCACCUAUCCCGUCUCUUAUGCAGUCUCGGGCAUCCUGCGACGCUUGAACACGGACGCCAUUCCCAAAUCAGACGCGCAAUCGAGAUCGGAGAACAACAGCAACCGUAACAGCGCAAGCAACAUACAAGCCCAGUUGCAGUCCACCGCAUCUUCACUUUCACACACAUUUGCGAACCUUGUCUCCUCCACCACAUCAGAUAUGAAUUCGGUCUACCAGCCGCCACAUCGGAUAGCGAGCCCUUUCCAACCGCCUCCCUUGACACCGCUAAGUCUGAGAGGAUGGGGAGGCAACAUGCGAGAGAAGGGCAAGCUUCUAAGCACGGCGCUUGCUGAAGAGAUCCGGCUCCUGCUUCCACCAAGGUUACAACUAGUGGAUGAGUGGAGUCUGGCAUAUAGUCUGGAACAGAACGGUGUCAGCUUAGGCACACUAUACAAGCAAUCUGAAGACUAUCUGGGCAAGAGAGGUGGCUUUGUACUAGUGGUCAAAGACGGCAGCGGAGGUAUCUUCGGCGCAUAUCUCUCCGACGCACCGCGGCCCUCCACAUCAUUUUACGGCAACGGCGAAUGCUUCCUCUGGCGCGCGCACAUACUCUCAGGUUUCUCAGACCUGCAGAUGAACCUCCCACCACCCCCAUCCGAAGAUACGACGGACGCUGUGCGAAUGACAACCAUAUCUUCACCGAAGAGGAAGGGCGAUUCGCUAGCACCCCCACAGAACGGUCGGGCCAGUAAGAGUGGUGCGAGCACGCCAGAACGAAUAAGAUUCAAGGCAUUCCCCUACAGCGGGGUGAAUGACUAUAUGAUCUUUUGCGAGCAUAGCUACCUGAGUGUUGGCGGCGGUGACGGUCACUAUGGCCUAUGGCUAGACGACAACCUCGAAAAGGGCGUCUCCGAUACGUGCCCGACGUUUGGCAACGAGCCCCUUAGUGACGAUGGCAAGAAAUUCGAGGUCAUGGGCGUUGAGCUGUGGUACAUUGGCGUAUAG